UUAUAAGUAUAAAUAGUAAAGAUGAAAAAGAAGAACUAUGAUGAGGACAUUAGAUUCAAAGUCAAACAGAGAUAUGCAACAAUAUCUGAAUGGGCAUUUAAAACUCUAGAAUCUGAAAGAGUACCAGAAGCAAGAGCUAAGUCAUUAUAUAGUGGGGCAAUAAAGAUUUAAAAUCAAGAUAUGUAUUCGUUCCAUUAACCGUAUAAACAAGUUAAAAUAUUUAGAUCUAAGAGUAUAGAUACAAAGAAACCAAGACUUGUCUUAUUGUAAUAGUCUACAAAAUAACAUUAAUAAAAAAUUAAUAGGAAAUUGAUUGAUCCUCAUUAAGUUACAAGAUCACUUGAUUAAUCUGAUAUAGCAUAUUCUUAAACAAAUACAGCAUAGAAAAGAGCUUCGUCAAAUUAAAGAUUAAAUAAAUAAUUUUAGGCAAUCCAUAAUAAAAUGAAAUAAAUUUUAGAUUCCUACAAAAAUAGAGAACGAGUAUUGUUAAAAUAUAUAGCUUCUUUGUAAUAAGAGAUCAUCAACCUCAAAUAAACUCAAAAUUAUACGAUUUGA